AUGACCUGCUGGUGGGGAUCUCGGCCACUUUCACGUUAUAACCCAGAGACUAAGUCCCUACGGGCAGGGACAGACCCUGAGCCAAUUCAAUUCAGUGAGAGUAAUCACAGCUCACCACCAGUCAGUGAGAGUAAUCACAGCUCACCACCAGUCAAUGAGAGUAAUCACAGCUCACCACCAGUCAGUGAGGGUAAUUACAGCUCACCACCAGUCAGUGAGAGUAAUCACAGCUCACCACCAGUCAGUGAGAGUAAUCACAGCUCACCACCAGUCAGUGAGGGUAAUCACAGCUCACCACAAGUCAGUGAGGGUAUUCACAGCUCACCACCAGUCAGCGCGGGCAAUCACAGCUCACCACCAGUCAGCGAGGGUAAUCACAGCUCACCACCAUCCACCCUCAUCAGUCCACCCUCACCAGUCUACCACCCUAAACAGUCCACCCUCAUCAGUCCACCCUCAUCAGUCCACCCUCAACAGUCCCCUAAACAGUCCACCUGA